UCGCUUGUCAGUUUUGUAAACAGGAGUCUGCGGGUGAGAUUAGCAUAUUAAUAAGGUCCUUGCUAAUCAACUCCAAAUGGAACUGGCUGCAGGCUACAGUGGUGCCUUUUAGCAGUUUGCAAGGAUGUUUUGCGUAUACGAGAAGCAUGAUGAGAAUCUGAAACUUGACGGAGAUUUGGUGCAGCUCUUUGUUGAAGAAAUCAUAUGCUGUUCAACACGGCUGCGGAACCUGUAAUAGGAGAACAAAUGUGAAGGCGCAAAUGAAAGGAAGCAGGGUUUUUGUGUUAGACUGAACACAUUGAAGUGCCUUCCCAGCCCCCUGCUGGAGCCCAUACUGACAGUGUUGAAUUGAGACAUUGUACGCUGUGGCCUAGCUAGCGUGUACGCUGCUGCCAAGGCAGCAAGGCCUGUUCCAAGAAGCAGUUGUCGUCUGCAUGGAGAGGAGCGGCUGCAGUCUAUUCCCAGUAUGCUGGGCCAGAGAAUAUGAACGACACAUAGCAUCCAGUAGAAGCAUGGCAGCUGGUUACCUUGACCCGAACUUGAAUCACACAGCAGGUUCAGGAGCCAAGUCCCGUUUGAGUAUGGAACGAUCUCCUGGUGCCAUGGAACGAGUGUUGAAGGUCUUCCAUUAUUUUGAGAGCAAUAAUGAGCCCUCAACCUGGGUCAUGAACAUCAGACAUGGUGAUGCCACUGAUGUCCGGGGUAUUAUUCAGAAGAUUGUAGAUUCUCACAAAGUUAAAAAUGUGGCCUGCUUUGGAAUUCGACUCAGUCAUGUGCGUUCUGAAGAGGUCCACUGGCUGCAUCCAGACAUGGGCGUUUCACAUGUACGUGAAAAAUUUGAGCAGCAUCAUCCUCCAGAAGAAUGGAAAUACGAGUUAAGAAUCAGAUAUCUACCUAAAGGCUUCCUGAAUGAGUUUAAUGAAGACAAGCCAAGUUUAAAUUUCUUUUAUCAACAGGUUAAGAAUGAUUACAUGAUGGACAUAGCAGAUCAAGUGGACCAGGAUAUUGCACUGAAACUGGGAUGUCUUGAGAUCAGGAGAUUUUAUAAGGAAAUGCGGGGAAAUGCCUUGGAAAAGAAAUCCAAUUAUGAAUUGUUGGAGAAGGAUGUGGGUUUGAAGAGAUUCUUUCCCAAGAGCCUGGUGGAAUCAGUAAAGGCCAAAACACUGAGGAAAUUGAUACAGCAAUCUUUUCGACAGUUUGCUAAUUUGGAUGAAGUGCAAAGUGUUCUGAAAUUCUUUGAGAUUCUGUCUCCAGUUUACAGGUUUGACAAGGAGUGUUUCAAAUGUGCCCUUGGGUCAAGCUGGAUAAUUUCAGUUGAAUUAGCAAUUGGACCUGAAGAAGGCAUCAGUUAUCUUACAGACAAAGGCUCUAUGCCAACUCACCUGGCUAAUUUUAACCAGGUACAGACCAUUCAGUAUUCAAACAGUGAUGAUAAAGACAGAAAAGGAACUUUGCAGUUAAAAGUAUCUGGAGCAGCAGAGCCCUUGACAAUAACAACUCCAUCACUGAACAUCGCAGAAAACAUGGCAGACUUGAUAGAUGGUUAUUGUCGCUUAGUGAAUGGGAUCAUGCAGUCGUUCAUUAUUAGGUCCCAGAAAGAAGGAGAACGGGCUUUGCCAUCCUUGCCCAAAUUGUCAAACAGUGAAAAACAGGGCUUGAGGACACGGACCGUCUCAGUCUCAGGAAUGAAUGAUUGGCAGCCCAGAGUUAUGAAAGCCAGACGCUUUCUCCCCUUCAUCCUCUGCUCUCAUCAGACAGCCAAGGAUGAAAUUAGUGGGGACGAAACCGAUGACUACGCAGAGAUCAUAGAUGAAGAGGACACAUAUACCAUGCCCUCCAAAAGCUAUGGCAUAGAUGAAGCCAGAGAUUAUGAGAUACAGAGGGAGAGAAUUGAAUUGGGCCGUUGCAUUGGAGAGGGCCAGUUCGGUGAUGUGCAUCAAGGAAUUUAUAUGAGUCCUGAAAACCCCUCAAUGGCUGUUGCCAUCAAAACAUGCAAAAACUCCACUUCAGAUAGUGUGCGAGAAAAGUUCCUACAGGAAGCCUUGACAAUGCGGCAGUUUGACCAUCCUCAUAUAGUGAAGCUGAUUGGCGUAAUUACAGAAAAUCCAGUCUGGAUAAUUAUGGAACUGUGUACCUUUGGAGAGUUACGGUCGUUUUUACAAGUAAGAAAAUACAACUUGGAUUUGGCCUCCUUAAUUCUGUAUGCUUACCAGCUCAGCACAGCACUAUCUUAUCUGGAGAGUAAGAGAUUUGUACAUCGGGAUAUUGCUGCCAGAAAUGUCUUAGUGUCGUCAUUAGACUGUGUGAAGUUAGGAGACUUUGGUUUAUCGAGAUACAUGGAAGACAGCACUUACUACAAAGCCUCGAAAGGGAAGUUGCCCAUCAAAUGGAUGGCUCCUGAAUCGAUCAACUUCCGCCGGUUUACCUCAGCUAGUGACGUAUGGAUGUUUGGUGUUUGUAUGUGGGAAAUUCUAAUGUAUGGAGUGAAACCAUUUCAAGGAGUAAAAAAUAAUGAUGUAAUUGGUAGAAUAGAAAAUGGUGAGCGGUUGCCAAUGCCUCCAAAUUGCCCUCCAACACUCUACAGUCUCAUGACGAAAUGCUGGGCAUAUGAUCCUAGCAGAAGACCACGUUUCAAUGAACUGAAACAACAGCUCAGUACAAUAUUGGAAGAAGAGAAAGUGCAACAGGAAGAAAGAGUAAGAAUGGAGCAGAGAAGGCAAAUCACAGUUUCCUGGGAUUCAGGAGGAUCAGAUGAAGCCCCUCCAAAGCCCAGUAGACCAGGCUACCCAAGUCCAAGAUCCAGUGAUGGUUUCUUUCCCAGUCCACAACAUAUGGUGCAGCAUAACCAUUAUCAGGUUUCUGGAUAUACUGGUUCACAUGGAAUUUCGCCCAUGCCUGGAAGUAUAUAUACUGCACAGGCAAGUGUAUUAGAUGCUCAUGAUUCCUGGAAUCACCAUAGACCUCAGGAUAUUCCAAUUUGGCCACAAAACCUGGAGGAUUCUGGCACUUUGGAUAUGCGUGGAAUGGGACAAAUGCUCCCAACAAAUGUAAUAGAAGAGCAGUUGUUAAGGCAGCAGCAGGAAAUGGAGGAGGAUCAACGAUGGCUUGAACAAGAAGAGAAGUUCCUGAAACCUGAUCCAAGGUCAAUGAGGAACAAUGUUGAUCGAGAUGAUGGUGGUCUCCUGGACCCAACUGGGAAUCAGCACAUCUAUCAGCCUGUAGGUAAACAAGAGCAUGCAGCGCCACCAAAGAAGCCUCCUCGACCUGGUGCCCCUAGCCAUGGAGGAAGCAUUGCCAGCCUAAACAGUCCAAUUGACAAUUACAAUGAAGGAGUGAAGCCAUGGAGGAUUCAACCACAGGAAAUCAGUCCCCCACCCACAGCUAACCUGGACCGUUCCAAUGACAAAGUGUAUGAAAAUGUAACUGGAUUGGUGAAGGCCGUGAUAGAAAUGUCUAGUAAAAUACAGCCAGCACCUCCAGAAGAAUACAUACCGAUGGUAAAGGAGGUUGGUUUGGCAUUAAGAACUUUAUUGGCUACAGUGGAUGAAACAAUUCCUUCACUUCCAGCAAGCACCCAUAGAGAGAUUGAGAUGGCACAGAAGUUACUAAACUCUGACCUAGCAGAAUUAAUUGGAAAAAUGAAGCUGGCCCAACAAUAUGUGAUGACAACUCUUCAGCAGGAAUACAAGAAGCAGAUGCUGACAGCUGCACAUGCAUUAGCCGUGGAUGCCAAAAAUUUGUUGGAUGUUAUUGACCAAGCCAGACUGAAAAUGAUAGGAGGUCAAUCUCGGCCCCUCUAGCUGCCCGAAGCUUGCUCUGGGGGUUUUUGAAAUGAUUGUGUGAUCAAGUCUACCACCAGCAUGUGGAAUCACAAAGAGCCAAAAAAAGACCUUAUCUAUCUACAUAUGUAUAAAAAGCAGAAAAAGUACUGUCAAGUCGAGGAUUCCGGGACACCUGAGGGCUGAGAAUUCUUGCUGUACAGUACAGGAACUCCAGACUGGAACUCUAAUCACUGAAUAGAAAUAGACCAAUAUUUAGCUGCAGUACGUCGACAGGAUUUGAACAAAGAUGUUAUAUUUUCAGACUGAAGUCAUUUAAGGUAACAAAAAUAAAAUCUUUCUUCGUCACUCCACCUCAGUGUGGUGAAUGGAGGUUCUCCUGUAUUUUAGCAACACUCUGAAGUGUUAAUUAAAAAACUAGCAUGUAGAAAAGACCUGAGACUGUAUCGUGCUUCAAGCAGAAAUACAUGCUAGUUGUGUAGAAAAAACCUGGAACAGAUUGUGCUGCAUUUGCAGAUGCAGCAAACUUGAGUGCUGUGUAUUAAUAUUUCUUCUGCUAUUGUUUAACUUCAUUUUUUAAUUAUUUAAAACAAAAGCCACGAUCACAAUUAAAAACAAACUAGUUACUAACCAUCUUGUUUCUGGCUUGUCUAAGAGUUUGUGGGAACAGUGUAGUAUGCAGGCGUGGUACUUUUUUUUCUAUUUUCCAUAUGUAUUACCUGUUCUCUGGAACUCCCUCCUUCAUUUUGGGGUAUAAAUUAUUCUCAGGAAGAAUAUAAUGAACUGUACAGUUAUUUGACCUAUUAAAAAGGUGUUAAUAAAAAGCAAAA